CGCCCCCCCCGACCCGCGUCUCACAGGACAUGGCUCCCCUGGAAUCGGACUCUGAACUGGGGACCCUCGAUCACAGCGAGAAGGACAAAAGGCCUGUGAUGACCCGGGCUCUACUGAGACAGAAGGACCUAGAGGAUGGGGUGCUGUGGGAGGGCCGACCCCGGACCAGCAUCACGGAGGACCGGGCCUCCGUUGCUCUGACGUCACUCUUCACUCUGACGGGCUUCGUCAGAGAGAACCCUACCGCCCCCAUCCAGUGGGUCCGGAGACCAGCCCCUCACUGCCAGAAUGAGUCCUGCCGGCUGGGCUGCAUCUGCUCCAGUCUGUCCUACUGCUCCAGGGUCAGCCACUGCGGCCGGCCUGCCUGCAUGUUCGGCUGCAGCUGCCUGAAACAGAAGGUGGUCCUCCUGAAGAACCUCGACGGCUCAGACUCCAGCCCUUCCAAGCUGGACCACCACAACAAGAAAAGGAGGAGGAGCAGGAGGAGGAGGAUGAAGAUGGCCUACGUCCUGAAGGAGGCGGACAGCGUUACCCAUCCUGCCGAGCGGGUCCGGACUCUGUGGAAGAGGGGCGCUGGAGACUUUGAUCCAGAACCGGUCCUGGUCCCACAACCAUUAGCGCUGCCUGUCAAAACUGUGAGAGCAGAAGAAGAAAGCAGCUGUGCCAGAAUAAGAGUUUAUAAAUUGAAGAAGAGGAGGAAACGGACGAGGAAGAGUCACAUGGAGAGUUGUGAUCACACAGCGGAGACGUCCAAAGAGUUGAAGCCUAAAGAUGUUCGACUGAAGCCUUCGAGACAAAAGGACACAAAGACUAAACCAGCAUCUGAUCCGGUUCAGCCCACCAGUUGUCCGCCUGAGCCGAAGCCGUCGAAGCGCUUGACCAUCAUGGCGGAGUGCAAGUGGGCGAGGGCCGGCGACCGUAACCUGGUGCUCAAGAUGCUGUGUGAGGCGAUGGCUGAGGACCAUCUGGACCAGCCUCUCUGGAUCAGAGAUUACCUCGUUAAUCCCAUCAGCCACACCGUGGAGGACGGCGCCGCCAACCGCUGCAUCCACUACAAGAUGCACAUCUCCAGACCCAAUCCGGAGAAACCGCAGCACCUGGAGACACUUGAACGACGGAGGGAGUGUAAACAGCAGCAGGAGGCCCUCAAAAAGUUCGAGGAGGCGGAGCCUCUUGAAGAGUGGCAGCGGGAGGUGGAGGCGGAGCCUCUUGAAGAGUGGCAGCGGGAGGUGGAGGCGGAGCCUCCUGAAGAGUGGCAGCGGGAGGUGGAGGCGGAGCCUCCUGAAGAGUGGCAGCGGGAGGUGGAGGCGGAGCCUCCUGAAGAGUGGCAGCGGGAGGUGGGGGCGGAGCCUCUUGAAGAGUGGCAGCGGGAGGUGGAGGCGGAGCCUCUUGAAGAGUGGCCGCGGGAGGUGGAGGAAGGUGAUAUCAAGGAGGAACAAAAGGAGGUGGAGGAAGGUGAUCAGGAGGAGGGAUCAACAGAUCUGAGCAGCAGGAAGGUGAUCAAGAUAAUAUCGAAGAGGAAGUCGAUGGUCAGCAUGGCGCUGCCGUUCCUGACGGGAGUCUCCCCCGCCGGUUUCCUCUCAGCCAAUAGGAAACAGCUGGGAGAAACAGACCACGGGGUCCAGGUGAAUGGGAAGCUCUAUCCUCUGGCUAAGAUCCAGCUGGGGAAGAUGGGAGCGCUCCAUCCGGCCAACCGGCUGGCAGCGUAUCUGACUGGCCGGGUGGGGCCCAACUGGAAGCACAGAGGCUCCUCGUCCUCCAAACCUCCCAAAAACCAGAGUGCAGGACCGACUUCCCUGCCAGCUCCCUUCGUGGUUCCCACCCCGUCACCCAGGUCUCAGCCAUCAGUCACAAUGCCGGCCCCCCCUUCAGACUCUCAUGUGAGCAGCUCCGUGGCCUCACCUGUCAAUCUGGCGCCCAAUGGCGCCUUGUUGCUGAUGCUUCAGGCCCCAGCACCUCCUGGGAAACUUCCCUCGCCGAUUCAGGCUUCAUGCAGCCCCCCCCCUCCCUCCUCCACCCGUCCAAUGAUGUUCCUGCGGCCAGUCCGGUCAAAGACCGGCGUGCAGUACUACCGCAGACAAGACGGGCGACUGGUCCAACUGGUUCCCAUCAGCAAACUAAACUCAGUCAACAAGAACCGCACGUUUGUCCAGAGAAUCUUCCCUCUGUAUCCCUCCAGGCUCCUGUUGAUAACCAAACCACUCCAAGGACCACAGUGACCCCCACCUCCCCCCUCGCCUCCUCUACCACCUUUCAAAGCCUCCCGUCCGACUCCAGCAAGGACCCGAUCGUCCUGUCCUGUCCUAACGUUUCCUCCAGGGCAGCUCCACCGAGCCUCAUCUCCCUCAAGCCCUCCCGUGGGGGGGCCGAUCUCGGUGACAAAGCGCUGACUGUGUCUCCGGGUUCUGGUGGAAGGACACUCCAGACCCCUAUAGAGACCCGACCUUCAAGCCAUCCUCCUGAACCUGUCCCCCAACCGGGGGAGUCAGAGGGAGGGAGCAGCGAGAUGGACAACUCGUCAAACUCUGAGGACGAGCUGGACAGCAAAGAGGGGAAGAGUCCCUCCGACGAGGUGGAUGAAAGAGAGAAAGGGCGUCACCUUCACAACGUGCUGGAGAAGCGUCGGAGGAGGAAGCUCUUCCAGCUGUUCAAAGGUCUGAGGAGAGAAGUCGGUCUGGUUGAAGAGAAGACGUCAAAGAUCUUCACACUGAACACGGCGGUGGAGGUGAUCCAGCUGCU